AUGACUUCACAAAGAUUAUCAUAUCAGAAGGAAAAACUUAUGAGCAGUGAUUUAUUACGGAUAAUUAAUCAAAAUUCAAUGUUACGCGCUUCUCUUAUAUUGCUUACUAUUGUGAUGACUUUUUUUACUGUUAUAAAAAUUGGUAAAUUACUUUAUCAAAUACGAUAUUGUCAUCAUCAGGAGGAAGAGGUAAACGAAUCUGAUAGUGAAAUUCCUGAAGUACUGAUUAAAAGUCAUUCAGCAGAUUAUCCCUCUUUUGUUGAUAAAAAAGGGAUUAAAAAGAAGGAUGGAUCAACUCGAACUUCUCGUACAUGGAAAGUGAAAUCAAACUCAAACUCAAAUUCAUUACCCAAACAUAAUACAAUGAAUAAAUGGGAUUUAAAGCAAGUUAAGUGCAAUAAGGUACCAACAAAUCAGCAACCUAAUCCGGAAGGCACAGGACUUGAACUGAAAUGCUUCAUCCGGAUUGCAAUGAUGACAAAUAAAACAUAUACAAUACAGUCAUUCUUUAUUCGUAGUAGUGUUCAUUAA